AUGAGUUAACUUAUAGGAACAUUGUCAUUAGAUACGAAUGCUUAUAUAGAUUACAACAUCAGUGAGAACAUGUCAAAUAAUGCUCUAGAAAACUCUGAUUUAUUUAAAGUGAGAUUAGGGAAAAUAAAAGGGAUUAAAGUAUAUAAUUUUAAAUCAUUUGAAAAUGAGCAUUAUAUAGGUCCUUUUACAAAAUUUACAAGCAUUAUUGGACCAAAUGGAGGAGGUAUAUAAAAUAAUAAAAUAAAAUAGGAAAGUCAAAUGUGCUAGAUGCAAUUUAAUUUGUAUUGGGAAUUUCAAUAAGAUCAAUGAGAUGUCAUAGAGCAGAGGAAUUAAUAUAUAGUUAAUCUAUGUAUUAUAAGAAUUAUUAGGAGGAAGAUCGAUAAGCGUAUGUAGAAAUAAUAUUUGAUGCUAUUAAUUAUUUGGAAACUUAAAUUUCACUAAAAAGAACUGUAAAUAAAUAAUAGCAAACUUAAGUUUUUAUUGGUGAUUAAUAAGUAAGUGAAAAAGAAUUGAGCUCAUUUUUGUUAUUAUCUAAAAUAAUAUUACCUGCUAAGAACUUUAUAAUGUUAUAAGGUGAUACAGAUACAUUAACAACGAUUGAGCCAAAAAAAUUAACGGAAUUAUUUGAAUAUGUAAGUGGGAGUGUUCAAUAUAAAAAUACUUGUUAAUAGAUUUAAGCUGAAUUAAAUAAGGUAGUCUUAAGAAUGAGAGAAUUAUAAUUUUAAAGAGGAGCUAUGAGAACUGAAUAAAAAAAGGUUAAAGAAUUAAAAAAUACUUCUGAUAAAUUUAAAAAAAUUAAUGAUGAAAUUAAUUAAUUGAAGUUAAGAUAGAAGUUAUUUGAAUUAAAAUAAAUAGAUAAUGAAUUAGAAGAUGUUUCAAAAUAAUUGAGUUAGAAUAAAAAUGAUGAACAUGAUUAAAAUAGUGAAAAUAAGAAAUUGAUUGAAGAUAUUUAAUAAUGUGAUUUAGAGAUUGAAAAAUUAAAGUAGGAAUUAAAUUAGAUUGAAGAAAAUGAAAAAAAAAUAAAAAAAGAUGAAAAAUGUAAAGCAUAUGAUACAACUUCAAUUGAUUUAGAAAUAGAAUUAUAAAAGAAAUAAUUAUCAACAUAUGAAGGUUUAUUAAGUAAAUUAAAAAAAGAUAUUAAUUAUUAAAUAGAAAUGAUAGAAGAAGUAUAAACAGAUUUAGAUGGAAAAACUUAAUAUUUAUAGAAGAUUAAAGCAUAAAGUGAUUUAAAGUUAUCAAAGAAAUUGAUGGAAGAAUUUUAAGAAUUAUAAAUGAAAUUUAAAAUAUAGAAUUAAUAAAUAUAAUCUGAUUUAGAAAAAUUAUAAGAGAAAUAGGGAAUGUCAUAAAAGAUUUAUGAUUAAAUAGAUGAUGAAAUUAAAUAAUAUACAGAUGAUAGAAAGGAAUUAAUCUAAGCAAUUGAAGAUCAAAAUACUUAAUUAAAAUAUGUUAAAGAUGAAUUUGAUGUUCUAAAAGAUAGACAUCAAAAUACAUAAAAGAGAAUAGAUGAAUUGUAUAGAUAAAAUUAAAUUGAAGAAAAUGAAUUAAAAUAACUUUAACAACAUAAAAUAGAAUAAGAGAAAUAAUUAAGAUUGAUUGAAGUAUAAGAAACUGAGAAUAUUGAUGAAAAAUAGACAUAAUUAUUAAUAUAAUAACUAAAGUCUAUGUUCAAAGAUUUUCGAGGAGAAUUAUCCAGUUUAUGUAAUCCGGAUUAGUAAUAAUUUGCAAUUCCUUUGAAAGUAGCACUUGGACAAAGAUUGUUAUGUGCAUUGGUAGUAGAUUCUGAGAAAACAGCAAAAGAGAUUAAUAUGCAUUUAAGAUCUUUGGAUAUUGUUAAGGAACUGAUAAUAUUGAAUAGAGUUAAAGGCAAUAAAGAUGAAUCUGAGUUAAGAGAAAAUGUUGAAUAAUUUGUUUAAUAAUAUAGAAAGCAAACAAGAGCAGGUAAAGCAUAUUUAGCAAUAGAUAUAAUUAAAUAUGAUUAAUGUUUAGAUAAAGUUUUAAAAUCAUUAUUAAGUGGAGUAAUUGUUUGUGAUUCUUAUUAAUUAGCAGUUUAAAUAUAGAAAGAAUAAAUAUAAGAUGUUAGAUAAAUAAUUACUUUAGAUGGUAUUACUUUGGCAACAUCAGGGAUGAUUGUUUUUAAUGGUUCAUAAUAAAGAUUAUCUGAUAUGAGAAAUUUUAGAUCUAAUAAUUAACGAAUUUAAUUAAGAGGACCUAAAGAAUCUAAAGAAUAUUUAGUCAAAUCUAUAGAAGAUUUAUAAAAUAAAAUCAAAACACUCAAAAAUGUUAGUGUUUAAGAUGAUUUAAAAUAUCAAUCAGCAUUAAAAAUGAAAUUAGAAGAAUAACAGGCUCAAUUAUCAAAUAAAUAAAUUUCAUUAUAAAAAUCAAUAUAAAUGUAUAAUGAAAAGUUAAAGUAAGUUGAUAAAUUAUUAGAUGAACUUUAUAAUGAAAUAAAUAAAAGAAAAAUAUAACUCAAAGAAUAUGAUGAGUAAAAUGAUAAAUUUUUAAGUUAAAUUUAAAAUCAAUAAAAAUUAGCUUAUUAAGAUUUUGCAAAAAGAAAUGGAAUAAGUCUUUAGGAAUUAAAUUAAUUAGAUUUUUAAUAAAAUUUGGGUAAGCAAUUUGAAAUUAAAUAAUAGCAAUUAAAUAAAUUGUAAGUUUAAAAAUAAAGUAUGGAAUAAUAUUUGGAAGAACUUAAAAAAAAGUAAGAUGAUUUCCAAAAUAAUAUAAAAAGUAAAAUUGAAGCAAUUAAUAAUUAUGAACAAAGAAAAAUUGAUAUUUAAUAAAAUCAUGAGAAGAAGAAUAAAGAUUUAGUUUAGUAUUCGCAUAAGUAACUAGAAAUAAAUCAAAGAUUAAAAACUUAAUAGAAGAAAUUGUUCAAUUUAACUGAUUUGAGGAAUCAAUAGGUAAAAAAGGGAGUGGAUAAAAAAUAAUAAAUAAAUUUAAUUAAUAGAAAAAUAGAGUAGUUGAAAUUCUAAAGAGGAAGAUUAAUUGAGUUAUGUGAAAUUGAAUCUAUACCUGUAAGAUUUAAAAGAUCUCAAGGAACCUUUUAACCUUCCUUAAAUUUUGAUGAUGAUUAAUAAAUGGAUAUGGAAGCUAUAGAUUAUACUGCUAUUAAAAAUGAUUUGAGACAAUCAAAUUGGAAUAAAUUGAUUGAUGAAAUAAAUGUAGAAUUGGAAAUCAAGGAAUAAGAAAUUACAAAGUAUCUGUCUGAAAACUUACAAGUUGGUUUAAUAGGAGCAAAAACAGAUGAGAAAUUUGUAUAAUUGGAAACAAACAUAGAAUCAUUAGGAAGGUCAAUUAAAGAAUUGUAAAAUAGAGAAGCUGAAUUGAGUGAUCAAUUAGUAUAGACUUAGUAAUUAAGAAAGAAGAGAUUUGAUAAGUUAUUUGAUAGAGUAGAAAAAGAGAUAAAAGUGUUAUAUUAAAAGUUAACAGAGAAUUAAAAUAGAGUUGGUGGAACAGUUCUUCUUUAUAUGGAAAAUAAAGAGGAACCAUUUGAAGGAGGAUUGAUAUAUACUCCUAAUCCACCUAAUAAGAAAUAUAUAUUUGAUAAUUCAGAAUAGCUUUCUGGAGGAGAAAAGGCAAUUGCAUCUAUAGCUCUAUUGUUAGCAUUAAAUGCAUCUAUAGAUGCUCCAUUUAUUCUUCUUGAUGAAGUUGAUGCUCAUUUAGAUUAAGAUAAUGCUGAUAAGUAUACAAUAAAUUUAAAUAUUUUAUAGAUUAUAAAAGAUUGUAAAAUUGUUAUCAAACUAGAUCUAAUUUAUUUUAAUAAGUCAUAAUCCUGAUGUAUUUGCUCAUUCAGAUUCUCUUGUGGGAGUUACAAUUUAACAUUCUAAGACUACGAGUGAGGCUUUUUCAUUAUUACUUUGA